CCUGCAGGUCCUCCUCACCCUGUCAGCUGAGCAGAGAUGUUACAAAUAAAAAACCGCAUGAGAUACAGCGUGCCGGGCGUCGCCGCCGCGAGGUUGUUUUCUUCCAGUCCCGCCAACAACCCCGUCGUGUUUCUGGAGAUCGAGGCCGACAGUGAGCCUCUGGGAAGAAUAACCAUUGAGUUGAAUGCAGAUGUAGUGCCAAAGACUGCAGCAAACUUCAGAGCUCUGUGCACCGGGGAGCCUGGCUUUGGUUACAAGGGAUCUGUGUUUCACAGGAUCAUACCUGAGUUCAUGUGUCAGGGGGGAGAUUUCACCAACCACAAUGGCACAGGAGGGAAAUCUAUAUAUGGGAAGACCUUCAGGGAUGAAAACUUCAAAUUAAAACACACGGGUCCAGGAACACUUUCCAUGGCAAACUCAGGGCCAAACACAAACGGCUCCCAGUUCUUCAUCUCUACCACUAAAACUGAAUGGCUUGAUGGUAAACAUGUGGUGUUCGGGCAGGUGAAGGAAGGUAUGGACGUGGUCACUAAGAUGGAAUCCUUUGGUUUACAUGACGGUGGUGUGAUUAAGAAAAUUGUCAUUACUGACUGUGGGGAGAUUAAAUAACACUCAAGAUCACAUAUGGACAUCUGAAGGAUGACUCAGCAUACAAGCAGUUGGUUUUUUUUUUUUUUUAAGCUACUUUAAAGGAGGAACUGCCACAAGUGAUUCUGUUCUUCACCAAAAGCAGAUAUUUUUUCUGCCCAUUGAGAUUUUAUGUUGUGUUUAAAAGUUGGAACCUGACCAAUCAACUUUGUGUACAAGCACUAAAUCACCUGCUAUGCAAAAUGUUCUUAUUGUGCAAUUAACUCUCCAUUAACUGCCAAAUAAAAUGACCGUUUUCAGAUUUUA